AUGGCAUCAUCAACAAUCGUGUGCGGUGUAUGUGAUCUGCGUAGAAUUACUAAACCAUCUAUUAUCUGGUGUUUUGAAUGUGACGAAGGGCUUUGUUCAGAAUGCAAAGACCACCACAGUCGGUCAAAGGGAACACGGAAGCAUGACACCUUGCCAAUAAGUGAGUACCAGAAAAUACCACGUGAUAUUGUCAAAAUCACUGACACCUGUGCCAACCAUAAUGAGAAGUUCACAUUUUAUUGCAAAAAGCAUGACAGCCUUUGUUGUGGAAGUUGCAUUGUCGAGAACCAUAUGGAAUGUCGAGAUUUCGACAAAUUGACUGAUGUGAUUCAAAACACUAAACUUUCAAAUGCCUUUUACGAAAUAGAACAAUCAUUAGAAGAACUUUCCGACAAUAUUCAUAUAAUUCGAAAGGACAGAGAAAACAACCUCGGGAGGUUAUCAAAAGAGAAAAUGCAGAUUGAGCAAGCAAUCAAACAAACCAGGAUUACAAUCAACACCCAUUUAAACAAAAUACAGGACGACAUUAUAAAAAAGUUGAAUGAAACCGAAGUAAAUGAAAGUAAGAUAAUAAGCGAACUCCUGAUUUCAUUAAAGGAAAAUGACAGAGAGAUAACUGAAAUCCGAACAAAAAUUGAAAAUAUCAAGCAACAUGCUACAGAUCUUCAAACAUUUAUUGCUAUGAAGGAGCUCGAAAAACGAAUUUCUAGCAAAGACCAAUUCCUGCAGUCGAUGAUUAACAGCGAAAAUCUUAAACAUAGCGAUCUUACGUACAAUCCUAAUUCCGCUAUGCAAGAUUUAGUUAAUCGUAUCAAGAACUUUGGAGAUGUAAAGAUUGAGGAAAAACCAUGCAAGGUAGUCCUCAAGAGGAGGAAAGACAAACAAGCCCAAAUAAUGCUGCCGCACAUAUUAUCCAGAUCAGUUGACACUAUCAAUUUGAAAUUGCUUCAAACAAUAAAUGAAACAGGAGAGUACGUAAGGGGCUGUUGCAUGUUACCAGAUGGUAAAAUGGCGUUUUCUGAUAACUCUGGAAGAACUGUAAGAGUAUUCAACUUGAACGGCACCAAAAACUUUGAAGUCAAUACAAGAACAUUUGCAUUAGACGUAGCGUACAUCAGUUACGACAACACACUUGCUGUAACAUCAGGAGAGUCAGAUAAGAAAUGUAUCACAAUUAUAGAUAUACAAAGCAAACAAAUCAAGAAAACAAUACCGGUCAAAUUUGCGUAUUGCGGCAUAGCAGUGACUAAUGGCAAAUUCAUUUGUUCGACAGAAGGGAAAGGAAUUCAACUGAUCAAUCCAAACAACAACUCCACAAUUGAUAUAGUCCGCGAUAAAAUACCGACCAUUUGUUACGUGGCAUUAUUUGAUGAAAAUAUUUAUCAUACAAAUUACAAAUCAAACUCCGUGACGUGUUAUGAUCUACAAGGUACAAUACAAUGGACAUUCAAGAAUGAAAAGGUCCUCAGGUGUCCGCGUGGUAUAUCAGUCGACAAUGAUGGUAACGUGUACGUAGUAGGGAGAUCAACAAAUAAUGUAGUAGUUAUAUCUGCUGAUGGACAACAAUACAAAGAGGUAGCUACAGCCAGUGAUGGACUUUCCAAUCCUAUAUCUCUUGAUUAUAACAGAAAUACAAAUCAAUUACUGGUUUCGAAUUUUUCUGAUAAGGCUUUUACUUUUAUUUUGAUUUGA